AUGAACUUGCAACCCGACUCCGGGAAGACCCGGGCCCGGCGCGCCGGGGGCCGCUACCGGCCUCACACCGUCCACGGGCUGGGCCUCGAUCAGAAGGACUUGGGCCCCCCACGAGCGGCGCCGGGGAGUGGGUCUUCCCGGGUCGCCACGUCUGAUCUGAGGUCGCGUCUCGGAGGGACGCGCGCACGCGCGCGCCAGGAGGAGGAGCCCCGCGAGGCCAGGGCGGUAGGGGCGACGAGAGGACCGGAACGCCGGCCCUGGGAAGAGGCCGCGCUCCGCAACCCGCCCGGUUCUCCGGCCGACACCCAACGACGCAAAACCCCAAACGCGGAGGGGGCGGCGGAGGAACGGGGGUUGGGCAGGGCCGAGGCGCGGGACGCGCCGCCUCGCGACGACCACCGGAGGGGGAACCGUGGCGAGCGGCGCGGGGCGGGGGAGCGAGGGGGGAAGCGGGCGCGGGCGUGGGGGGGGGUCCGAGCGCGGCGGUCGCCCCCGACCGCCGGCCCUUUCCCCCCCACGCGACACACCCGGCCUUCCCCCCCACACGUCCCACGUGCCCCGCGCUCCCGCCGCGGCCCCGGGCCGGGCCCGGCGGACGGCGCGGCACGCCUCCAACCACGAAAACCCCCGCGGAGAACCACACCGCCCCCGCGACAACGCGGGCUCGGGGCACGCAGUGCGGCGCGGCCGCAACCCGGGGGGAAGCGCGCAGCGGCGGGCGACGCCGCGGCGUCCCGCGGGCCGCCGCCGGGGCACGCAUCCCCGGGGCGCAGCCCCGCGCGCGACUCGGCCUCGGCGCGAGCCGCCCCGACAGGGCAAAGGGGGCCGGGAUCGCCAGCGGGGAGCGGGGGCGGGGCCGCGGCUCGGGCCCCGGACGCACGGCCGCGGACCGGGAGAGGAGGGGGCCACGGCCGGACCGCCGCGGUCGCCGCCCGGGGCAAGGCGGCGAGACCGACGGCGCCCCGGAUCCGCACCUCCACCCCCCACGACGGCCCACGGGACCGCGCGGCACGGGGCACCGCAAAACCCUCCCGAGACCCGGGUGGCGAUCCCAAAGACCGCGUGCGGCACGAGGGAUCUCCCCCAGAGGGACCGCGGCGGCGGCCGCGGCCCUCAGGCGCGAGCUCUCCUCGCCCUUCCCUUUACUCGCGGGCGGCGACCGGCCUCGGCCUCUCCCCCCCCCGCCCCACCUUUCCCCCCCAAACCACCACACCCCCCCACCACCGCCCCACGGGCGCCGGCCCCCAGCCCCCCCCCGUCCCACGCCCUCCCACGUCCCACACACACGCCACCGCCGAGCGGACCCGGCGGGGCGAGGCGGGGGCGAGGGGGGGGGACGGAGGGCCCGGCGGCCAGGACGACCCUGUCCCCAGCCCGCGGACGACCCCGCACACCGUACCGCCGCGCAGGCGGGCGUGGCGGGGCGCCCCCGGGCGGGGCGGGCGCCGGCGGGGCGGGCCCUGCGAGGGAACCCCCAGCCGCGCCUUACCCCCGGGAGACACCCACCCGGGGGAGGCGAUUGAUCGCCGCCGGGCAAGCCCCCUCCCGGCAACCGGGGAGGGAGGGCCAUGGCGUGGGCACAAGCGCGGCGGCACCCCGGCCUGGGGCGCGGCGGGGGGCGGGCAGCGGAGUCUGGAGGAGACACGGGAAGACCAGCCUCCACGGCUCCCCACGGGCCCGACCGCCCCCGACCCGAGGCGGACGGGCGACCCCCCAAGGGUCUUUAAACCUCCGCGCCGGGACGCGCUAGGUACCUGGACAGGGUGGAGGACGGGCGAGGUGGGUGGGGGACGAGGGAGCGCCCACAACACCGCCAACCACCUCGACGCCGACCCCCCCCGGGGCCGCGGCCGGACCCACAAAGGGCAACCGAGAGCCCCGACGCUGCCGGCCCGUGACGGAGGCUCCGACGGGGCUAACCGCCCCCACAGACCGCCGCCGCCCGACGCCCCUCGCUUCCACCCCCCCCACGACCCCCACACGACCCUUCUUCUCCCCCCCCAUCCAGGGCCACCGGGGCCGACCGGCCCCGGCCCCGCCCUCACUUCCGAGCACACCUUCCCCAUGGCACCGACCAACCCUCACCGUCCCCUCCCCCGCACCCGCGGCCCAGGCCCCCCCCCUGCGGGAGGGGGGGCUGCGGCGGGAAGCGGGGCACGAGCGGGCAAGGGCGUGGGGGUGGCGGUUCGGGGAGGAGGCGGGGAAGGAGACGGAAAGCCGGACCCGGACCGGACCCGGGGCCUGAAGGGAGGGCGGAAGGAAGGGGGGGCGGCGGGAGGCGGUGGGCGGCGGGGCACCCCGCGUGAGCCGAGGCUCCGAGGCCCCCCCGGGACGGGCGAGAACCCGACCGGGGAGACGCCACGGGGACCCGCCGCCACGCCGCACAUCCCGAGACGCGCCGUGGCCAGGGCGCCAGCGCGGGCGGCGCGGCGACCGGGUUACGACCGGCGCCGAAGGCGAAGAAGGCGGGGGGAACACACUCGAACCCCCCCGACCCUCGGACCCACCUCCGCGGGGGAAGGCGAGGCGAGGCGCAGAGGGGGGGGAAGCGCGCCAGCGGGGGGGGGGGAGAGGAGGGCGAAGGCACGCCAGGGACGGCGGGGGACGCCGCAGCGGCUCCCGCGCGCCUCCAGGCGGAGGCCUCCGCCCUUUCCCCACCCCCCCCUCCGACCGCCCCCCCCCCAAAGGCCCCUCAACGCCCUCCCGCGCUCUCUCGUCCCUCGCGACCAGCGGGCCGGCACCGCACCGACCCGCCCGCGCCGCACGGGUGGCAAGGCACGCAAGCGGAACAGGGGGGAGGGCCCCGACCGCUGCGCUCUCUCGUUAAUGAUCCUUCCGCAGGUUCACCUACGGAAACCUUGUUACGACUUUUACUUCCUCUAG